AUGGACAACGUUUCUCUUUCUUUCUUUUUUUUUCUUCCUUCCUUUUUCCUUUCUUUCCUUCUUCUUUCCCUUAAUCCUAGACUCUACCCUUUAUCUAUCUCUCUAUUUCAAUCUGCUUAUUAUCUAUCUAUCUAUCUAUCUAUCUAUCUAUUUCAGUCUGCUCAUUUUCUAUCUAUUCCAGUCUGUUCAUUAUCUAUCUAUCUAUCUAUCUAUCUAUCUAUCUAUCUAUCUAUCUAUUUCAGUCUGCUCAUUUUCUAUCUAUUUCAGUCUGCUCAUUAUCUAUCUAUCUAUCUAUCUAUCUAUCUAUCUAUCUAUCUAUCUAUUUCAGUCUGCUCAUUUUCUAUCUAUCUAUCUAUCUAUUUCAAUCUGCUCCUUAUCUAUCUAUCUAUCUAUCUAUCUAUCUAUCUAUCUAUCUAUCUGUCUAUCUAUCUAUCUAUCUAUUUCAGUCUGCUCAUUUUCUAUCUAUCUAUCUAUCUAUUUCAAUCUGCUCAUUAUCUAUCUAUCUAUCUAUCUAUCUAUCUAUCUAUCUAUCUAUCUAUUCAGUAUGUCCAUAUCUAUCUAUCUAUCUAUCUAUCUCACCUAGCUAGCUCUCUCUCUCUCUCUCUCUCUCUCUCUCUCUCUCUCUCUCUCUCUCUCUCUUCAUUCAUCUUAUUCCUUGCUGCCAAAAUGUAA